UUUGUGUUAUCAAUGUCAAAACUAAUGCAUAUUUUAUAACUCAGUAAGAAGUAAAAACAAAUAUUGUUUAUCUUAAGAUUGUAUUAUAGGGGUAUGUGGAAUGUGACUCAGGGAAAUAUUUCUACCACUUUUCUACAUGGCACAGAUGACUAAUCGAGAGACAUUAUAAUUUUACUUGGUGCAGUAUUGAUCUUUCAACAAUCAAAUCUUUCAUGUCACAAAGGAUUCAAUUACAUCUCUCUCCAAUGUUUAUGUCUCAAAUUCAUAUUUCUGGAUUUUUUUAUUUCCUGGAUAUUUGCUGAUUAAAGGGAAUUCCCAACUAAACUUCAGGUUAGAAAUUUUUAUUUAAAUGCAUCAAUUGACUCUUUAUUGAUCAAGUGUUUUCUUUUUUUAUAAUAGUGAGAUUCCCAUGACCUGGUAAUUACAAUAGACUGUGUUUUAUUUGAUGAUCUUCUUAGUAUAGAGUGAUGGAGAUCAGCUGGUCAGAUUAUAACACAAGGAAUGUAAACUAAGUACUUAUGUAUACACACUAGGAUUACUAAUUACCUUGUUGUUCCUUUCAAACUUUUAUAAUUGAUCUAUGUACAAAGAGUACCUGCAGGGUGAUUGCACUUGUACACACAUACACAAGGAUGUUUAACACUAUGAUAGAAAUUGUGUAUAACAGUUCACAAUGAAUUUGCACCUCUGGAUUUAUUUAUUUCCUGCUCAAUAGAAAAUGAAGUUGUAUUCAUUUUUAGGACGUCUUUAUUUUUUAAUAUUUAUUUAUAUAUCAUCGACGACAUGGUCAUUUCCAUAUGAAAAGAGAUCAUAUUCCCAUGUGGAUAUCAAAUUCAACAAAAGAAAGCACAUCAAAGAAGACAUAAAUAUACAUAAUAAGUUAAAACUGCAAUUUAAUAUCAAGGAUCCUGCCAGCAAUGUUAUAUUUAAACCAACAGAUGUACAUUAUGUACUACAGCCUCAGGAAGUAAAGUACAUUACAACCGGUACACACAAAUAUUCAGGAAAUGUUAGAGAAUAUAAAAAUAGUGAUAGUGAAGAUGUGAGUCUUGCCGAAGCAUUGACUCAGGAAUCAGAGGGUAAUAAGUCAUCAUUUAGUAUGGUUCUACCUAUAGCAGGGACUUUAACUGUCUUAUUUAGUAUGUCAAUAUUAGUUGCUAUAUUCCAAUGUUGUUGUCGUAAAAAAAGACAAACUUCACAAUCAGAAGAAGUGAAGACUAGAAAUGAUAAACAAGUGGAUUCUGGAAAAGAUUCCGGAGAUGAACUUCUAAAAGAUGAGGAGAAAAUUCAUACUGAAAAUCAGGGAUCAGAAAAGGAAGAAAAGGAAAUAACAUCAAUAAGAUCAAAGAUCAAAGCGUUUGAAGGAGUAAUACCAACCCAACCAUCCCCUGGCCCAAUAAGACAUGUGAAGAAACGACCAGAAAGUAAUGCUUUCAAAGCUUUGGAGAACCAGGGAAUUGUAUAUGGCAUGGGUAAAAGUCCUUCUAGGCUUUCAAAGACACCAGAGGAUGAGAAUCAAAAUGCAACUGUCUCAAAGGAAAUUACCAGGGCAGAAAGGGAGACAACUCCUGAUGAUGAUUUAGGGGGAUACAAACAGCCAGAGAACCCAGAUGUAGUUAUUGCUGAUGUAGAUGAGAAUGAUGAGUUUGGUGUCAUAGUCCGAGACACUUCAGUAUUAAGAUCUCACAAAAGAGCUCCACCUCCAAAGAACAGAAACAGAUCAUCAGCUGCUGUAAGAAGAAAACGAGCAAGAGAGACAAAUCCAGAUAUUCUUUUUAAUGACAGUUCAAAUAACUCAUCUUUAGCUGUGCCAGAUGACCUUGAACUUGUAUAUUCAGACAAAGUUAGUGUUAAAAGUGAUACAAGUGAUUCAAAAGACAGAAAAAAAGAGAAAACUGAUUCUUCAGAAAGGAAUAAAAAUAAAACAGAAAAACAGUCUGAAUCUGCUGAAAAAAGUAAACACAAAAAAGAUAAAAUUCCUAAGGACAAGGACUUAACUGAGAAAAAACGGGAAGAAACUCCAACUAUAGUGACUUCUGAUCAUAGUGAUGGAAAUAUAAUAGAUAUAUCUAAACAAGAGGUACCACCGGAAGUGUUCUCUGGAGGAAAUAUAUUUAUGCACAUUGAUCCAACUGUGAAGAAAAAUGCUGUAAAACAAGAAAAGAAACCAGCAACACCACCUCCUGCCCCACGAGUACGGACCAGUCAACUUAGUGUAGAAGAAAGGAAAGAAAAAGCCAAGUCUACACCAUUAUUAACUAGUCAUGAAGAUCUUGCAAAAGCUCUUGGUAAACUAAAGUCUCCCAGCAAAGAGAAUAACAGUGCUAAGACUGCAGGAAAGAAUCGUUCAUCCACAGAUCUCUCAUCUAACACUAAAAUGUGAUAAUUGUUAUUGUAAACAUUGUGUGAAAACUUUACCAUGGAACUCUUUAUUUAUAGUAGUGGUAUUCCACUUUAAUAGACUUAAUGAUUUAACACUUGCUAAAAACUUUUUUAAUUGUAUGUCAUAUGAUAGUAUUACCAUAAAUAAUUUUACUUUAGCUUAUUUCCAAAAUAUUUUAAUCAACAAUUUGAUUUUUAAUCAAACCAUUAGUUUUGAUUCCAUAUUUAUUCUUGAAACUUAUGGCAAUAAUGUGGUGCUUAUUAUGAAUUUAAUGAAUUCUACACUCUGGUGUAAAAUUCUGAAAGGAAAAAUACUUUUUUUAAUGUACUUCUUGUCAGUCAAAGUUCUUUUCAUGAGUCAAAAUAUAUUUGAAUACAUGUACAUGUACUAUUAUUGUUCUGAAUACAUAAGGCAAUGAACUAUUAAAUUCUUAAACAAGACAUUUGUAGUGCUACAAGUUUGUCAAAGUGGCAAUCAGUUGUGCAACACUGAGACAUCGUAUUGUUUUCAAACACAAGACUUAUUUUCCUGAAACUGAUCAAAUCAGUCUGGAAAGAUUUGAGAUUUUUUAAACACAGUUCUUUGGAUAAAUCAUGCCAAUAACUGCUUGAAAAGAAUUAUAGAAAGUAUAGAAAUGCUAAUUGACAAACAAUCUAUGUCUCCUAAGUUCCCUUAGAACAGUUCAAUUUACUUUAAGCGGUAACUCUACAAAUUUAGAGAUACCAAAAGUAUCAAUCUGAUCAAAAAGUAAAAAAGAGGUUAAUAACUACUACUAUCUACUAAAAUAAUGUAAUAAGGGAAUACAACUACACUUACUUUUCUCUCAUCAUUCCUAUAUAUAUUGUAUGAGGUUUUGUAUCAACAAACUUAGCUACACACAAAAACAAUAUGCAAGUCAAACAAUGGUUAUCUCCCUUUUACUAUUACACAAUAUUGCUUUAGUUAUCUCCCUUCAGACAGUGUCAAUUAAUUGUGUUUGUUUGUUUUUACAAAUUCAGCACAAUUUAAUAACAAGUGUUAUUAGCUCCUGCAUAUUAAAUGUGUUAUAAUUUCUUCCAUUCCAUCAAUAGUGCCAAUAUCACAUCUAUAGCAAUUUCAAUAAGCUAUAUAUAUAUAUAUAACAUUGCACAGUUCUUUAAUACAUGCAUUCUGUGCUUUACAUGUGAAAAAUAUAUUGAAUAAUCAUGUUUUACUGAUCAAUUUACUAUAAAGUAUUAGUUUUUGUGUUUUAUUUAAAUGACACAUUCUUUGUCUCUUCACUGUAGAUCAGGUUUUUAUGUUUACAAUAGAGCAUCAACAUCAUAUAUUUUGAGUUUCACUGAGAAGUUUUUAUUUUUAUUUUUUAAAGGAUUUAUUAGAAGGGAAUUAUAACCAAUCAAGAUAAACCAUACUGUAAUAUUUUGUUGACAACUUUCGUCACAAGUAAUAUACUUAACAUGACUUAUCUCUGAAAACCACUAUAUCAGUUUUUUAAUAUUUUUUUUAUGUUAUUUAUAAAAAAUAUAUAUAUUUCGCCCUCUCUUUCCAUUUAGGUAUGUCUUUAUAUCAGACAUUUCAAGGAAUACACUGUAUUGAUACAAUUUAUUCUGGCAGACAUUCAAAAAUUUAUGAAAACUAAUGAAAAUAAACUAAUAACAUAUUUUUAAAAAAUCAAUUAUUCUACAAUAAUAAUUUUUUUUAAUAACUAGUCUAUUAUAAUCAUGUGUGUCAAGCAAUAUUCAUUAACCCACUGAUUUGUUUUUAUUAAUUUUUAUUUUAAUUUGAAUUCAACUGUUGUCAGUUAAAGAUAGUAUUAGCUAGAUAAACAUCAUUAAUUUUCAUACACUAUUUAUCCAUCAGCUACAAUUGUUGGUUCCUUUAUACAGGAGAUAAUCUUAAUACUUGUUGGAGAAAGUACCACAUGUUAUGUCUAAGUAUUGAUGAGGUCCAUCAUAAGUCUUUCUUUCCUACUUUUGACCAAUCAGCAUCAAAUGAUUUGUUUGAACAUUUUAAGUUCAAUUAUAAAUAUUUGCAAUUUUCAGACAUGUAGGCAAUGAUGGAAAAUUUGUCAUUGGUAACCUUUAAAUUUUUUUAUUUAGCAUGACAAAAUAUGGUCAAACAAAAAUUUUCAUGAAAACUUUAUAUAAGUCCUGUUGUAUAUGAGAUUAGUGUUUACAAGGUUUUGUGGGCUCUCAUCAAAUCAUUACUGGACUACACAUGUAGUAUUUUCUAGUGGCUCAAAUCCAACAGUACUUACAUCAGAACACAACUUGCCGUCCUGUAUGCAGCUUUUUGUCAGAGAUAAGUUCUUCCACUGUUUACUCACAUUUUUAUAUUGUUAAGAGGUAUUUUUGUAUCUUGUUAAAUAAACAAAGUGCUUAGAGUCUAAAA